GAUAGACAGACAGACUCAGUUUCACGCGUGAAUUCAGAUCUGUGUUCAUGAUGGACGGGACGGAUCUUGGCGGUGUGAUUUUAACAGCGUUUCAUUCAUUCAACAUCCACACUGAUGAUCAGCAGAUAUACACAUCGGACAACAGGGUAGCUCAGUAUCAGAGGAUAGCCAGCAUGAGUUUGGCGGGGGCGGCGACCGCCUCGGAGCGCCCCAUGUCCCGGGAUGUGAUGGAGGAUUACUGGAGUGAGAUGAAGAACAUCAAGGAGGACGCUCCGGGACAACACGAGGAGAUGAUGGAGAGAGGGAGCAUGGAUGAGGCGGAGCUUGAGGAGGAGUGGCUUCAGGAGGCGGGGCUCUCCACGCUGGUGUCCGGGACACAGAGCGACGGCCCCACGGAUGCUCUGCUCUCCACGCUCACACACUCACAGGCCGCUAUGGUGAAGAAACAUCUGGAUAACUACACACAGACACUACGCAAGAGAAACAGACAACCCAUGAGACACGUGCGAGACGUGUUCUCCACACCUGACACAUCGUCUGCUGAGCUGACACCUUCAGUUUCUCCAAACGGACAGAUCAGUCACAAACUGCCUCAGUGGAAUCUACCCAAAGCAGCAGCAGCAGCAGCAGCAGCUCAGUCUCAGUGUUCUGUUUCUGAGCGUGAGGUGUCGAGCGGGUCUUCAGAGGUCAUGUUGUUAUCAGUAGAUGUGGCGUACUCAGAGACGGCUCGAGCUCACAGGAGGGCUCGUGAGUGUCAGGACUGCAGGAGGCUUCAGAAAGAUGAUUUACUGAGGUUUCAGGUAAUAAAGCCCAGACAGGGUUUGACUCGAGUGAGUGAUCUGUCCUCUGAAGACAUCAAGAAGAUCGGCUACAUCUCUCUGAUCGAGCUCACCACAUUCUAUGACGUCCUGGGCAUCGAGCUGAAGAGGAACCGCGUGUGGUGGAGUAAAGCUCGAGAGAGCGGAAUAUUCGGUGUUCCUCUCCCCACGCUGCUGGAGAACGACCAAAAGAAAUAUCCGGGCUCCAGAGUUCCUCUUGUUUUUAAGAAGUUGUUGUCUAAACUAGAGCAGACGGGUUUACAGACUGAAGGAAUUCUGAGGGUUCCCGGGUCAGCCGCCAGAGUAAAGCACUUGCGUCAGGAGUUGGAGUUGAAGUUUUAUGAAGAUCGAUUCGACUGGGAUGAAGUUCGUCAGAAUGAUGCUGCGGGUCUGUUGAAGAUGUUCAUCCGUGAGCUGCCGUAUCCUCUGCUGACACAACAACACCUGCCGGCGUUCACCGCUGCUCAGAACAUCACAUCACCUAAACAUCAGAUUCAGGCUCUUCAUCUUCUCAUUAUGCUUCUUCCUGAGGCGAACAGAGACACGCUGAAGGCUCUUCUGGAGUUUCUCAGUAAGGUGGUGGCGUUUGAAGAAAAAAACAGGAUGAGUUUGUGGAAUGUUUCUAUGAUCGUAGCACCGAAUCUCUUCAUCUUCCGGGGGAAGAACGCCCGGCAGGAGGAGAUGCAGGGAGCCGUGGGUUCAGCUCAUCUCGUACGACUGCUCAUUAAACAUCAGGAUCUGCUGUGGACGGUGCCGUGUUUCUUGAUUUCUCACGUCAGAAAGAUGAACGAAGCCGCCACAGACAAGCGAACGCCGACGUCAGAGAAAACCAAACGUAAACUACUGAGGAGGUGGAACAUUGAGAAAGACAAAGACAGAAAUGAGGUCACGGAUCUUCUCGACGGGGUCAUUAAAGUUCAAGCGCCGCUUCAUGCCAAAGUUUCCAUGGCGAUACAGCUGAACAGCGAGAUGAAGGCGAGAGACAUCAUGGCACGGUUUGACGUGGAGAACUCACGAGGAUCACGCAGCGCCGCUCGACGUCACAAACAGUUUCUCUUCGAGGUCGGAGGAAAUAUCGGAGAGCGCUGUCUGGACCCAGACACUUAUUUACUGGACGUUUACGGUGUUAAUCCUCACUGUGAAUGGGUUUUAAAAUCGCUGCCCACCUGAGACGACACGUCAGGACCUCUGAACUCUGCUGCUGAGGUUAUCCAGACGUGAAGCACGUGUGUCUGGAGGUGAAACGGUGUUAUAGUUUAUCUGAAGCGAGCACUGAAGAUCGAUGCUGGUCAUUGAUUUUAUGUGGUGCCAAACCUGAAGCGUGCGUGUUUGUGUACAGAAGAGCAUGUGUACAUAAACAUAUUUAUAACGUUAAUUUAUCCACUAGUGUAUCAUGACAGUUUUCUAUUGUUUCUACACGUUGCAUGUUUCUGAUAGAGCCAUGUGAACAUAUGAUGAGAGAAUCAAAGUCACCAUCAUAGUCCAAACACUAGACCUUUGCAUAAAGCAGAUGAGGUUUGUUUUAUGUUUAUUGCAUGUGACAUAAUUCCUGUUGUAUAGUGUCAUCAUGACUGUAAUGUAAAAGGACUCAGUGGUAAACACUCAGCAAUAUAUCCUAGCAGUAUUUGUUGCUCUGUCUUUAACUGAGAUACAGUGAUGAGAACUAUAAACAAACACUCAAGAGAUGUUUUCAUGACAUUCAGCCCCACAGAUGAAUAUAUUACCUCUUCUGUAUCUAUGCCAAUAUUAAUGUCAACAAGCCAUCAAAUACACACUGAACGCUCAUCUGAAGCCUCUGGAGCUCAGUGACAUUAGGGGACAGACAUGAUUUAUUCAUGAGCAUGAAUCAUGUAGCAGUCUCGUUUUUUACAGAAACAUUGUUAUCAAUAUUGCCAAGUGAUUUUGUGUUGUGCCUAAUGUUUUUGGUUUGUGAUGAGCAAGUGAAAUGAUCCGAUCAUUGAACCGCUGGAUGAUUAGUUACUUGUAAACAUGUGAAGGUCACGCCUCUUUGAGUAUUAUUAUUUCUUAAACAAAAAUCAUGUUGUGAAUAGAGCAGGUGCUCUGUUGUGUAAGCACUACCUUUGGUUUCGUGAAUGUUGUAAUAUUUGGAUCAAGAACAGAUUGUGAAACACUAAUCCAAUUAAAAUGAUAAAACCAUGACAUCAUCA